AUGACCUCUGGUAACGGCUCCCUGGACGCCAAUGAGCGGACAGGACUACUCGGCGCACACCGUGACUCCUUCGCUGGCCUCUCGCCUCACGUUCACGCCGACGAGCAUGGACACCACCAACAUCCCAAUGAUAGCCGCGUGUGGGUGCACUGGCCGAUGCACGUCGUCCAUCUGACGUGGAAGACCCUCGUCCGCGACUAUGUCAAUGUCCUGCUUAUCUUCGUCCCCUUUGGCAUCAUCGCCGGUGCCCUCGAAUGGGACUCCACUACUGUCUUUACGCUCAAUUUCUUUGCUAUUGUUCCCCUCGCUUCGCUGCUCAGCUUUGCUACCGAGGAGCUGGCUGCUACUCUCGGCCAAUCGCUUGGCGGCUUGAUGAAUGCCACUUUUGGAAAUGCCGUUGAGCUGAUCGUCAGUAUCAUUGCCCUGAGACAGAACCAGAUUCGUGUCGUUCAGGCCAGCAUGCUGGGCAGCAUUUUGUCUAACAUCCUGCUCGUCCUGGGCUGCUGCUUCUUCGUCGGUGGACUCCGCUUCCGCGAACAGUCUUUCAACAGCACCGUGGCAUCAACCAUGUCCUCGCUCAUGGCUGUGGCGUCCGCAUCGCUUAUCAUCCCUGCCACCCUCUACGCCGCGAUCUCGGACAACUCCGUGGCCAAGCCGGACGCUACAGGCGAAAUCCCGGACCCGGACAAGGCUGCCCAGAAGAACAUCCUCAUCUUGUCGCACGGCACCUCCAUCAUCCUCCUGCUUAUCUACGUCAUGUACCUCUACUUCCAGCUGGGAUCCCACUCCGACCUCUUUGAAGAGACGAAUUGCAGCGAUACCGAGAACGUCGCUGGCGCCGAGGAGGAGGAAGAAGAAGAGGAGCGCGUUCUCAGCCCCUGGGCUGCGGCUGUGGUUCUCGUCGUCGUGACCGUCCUCGUCUCUAUCUGCGCCGAUUACCUAGUCGAUGCUAUCGACCCCCUUGUACAGACGACAGGCAUGAGCAAGACAUUCAUUGGACUGGUACUGAUCCCGAUUGUGGGUAAUGCUGCGGAACAUGUCACUGCCGUUGUGGUUGCAUACAAGGACAAGAUGGAUCUCGCGAUUGGAGUCGCUAUUGGUAGCAGCUUGCAGAUUGCGCUGUUUGUCACGCCCUUCUUGGUUAUUUUGGGCUGGAUUAUGGGUAUCGAGAUGACACUCCACUUCCAGACCUUUGAGACCGUUGCUUUCUUUAUUUCUGGCUUGGUUGUUACCCUGCUUAUUCAGGAUGGAAAGUCUAAUUACCUGGAGGGUGGCAUGUGUCUCGGCAUGUAUCUCAUUCUUGCCUUGGCGUUCUAUGUCUACCCUGAUAGUGUUGGUGCCAACUAA